AUUCUGGCGCUGUUUUCUCCCAACUCGACAUAGAUCACCCCCCUUUUUUACUCUUACUUCCGACUCUCUAUCGAGCCUUUCAUACACUUUCUGAUAUAGCGAGCGAAGCUUUAACACCCCACUACUUCAAAAGAACGCUAUACGAAUAAUGUCUGUGGACAGGGGUGGCGGUCAUAACCGAUCCGGUAGCAUAGGACGAAAUGGAACUCAUACGAAAGACGACUCGAGCUCUUAUUCAAGCGGCCUUCAAGUGAUUGACGAGAAUAAGGAAUUCACGUACGUUGUCCGACCACGUUUAAUUGUUUUGCUCGUUGCGCGAGCGGCCCCUUUAAUGCCCCCUGCGUUCUCUCCGCGAGAGCUCGAUUCUAACCUUUAAGCAGGGCAGAGCUUCCAGCAUACUUGACGGCACAAAAAUUGAUCACCGCCGGUUUCUCAUAUCAUGUCGUCGCUGUCUUCGGCUCUCAGUCCACCGGCAAAUCCACCCUUCUCAACCACCUGUUCGGAACACAGUUCUCGGUAAUGGACGAGCAGGCCCGCAGACAGACCACCAAGGGAAUAUGGAUGUCUAGAGCUGUCGAGGAUACUAAGAGGUCCGAUCCGCGUGGAAUGGGAAAUAAUAUCCUAGUCAUGGAUGUUGAGGGUACCGACGGUAGAGAGAGAGGGGAGGAUCAAGACUUUGAGAGGAAAAGCGCAUUGUUCGCACUAGCGACAAGUGAAGUUUUGGUGAGCUUUAGUCCCUUUUAUUCAACGUGGGUCAUAGCCGAAGUGCCGUUGCAAGGGUUCACUGCUUCAAGAACCUACGGGGUGGAUUUGAUUUCUAUAUGCUGACAUUGAAUCUCCUAGAUUGUUAACAUUUGGGAACAUCAAGUUGGUUUGUACCAGGGUGCCAACAUGGGUUUGCUCAAAACCGUUUUCGAAGUCAAUCUUGGUCUAUUUUUGAAGGAUAAGAGGUUUGCAAAUCCUAUGAUGCAGUCACCAAGACAGCGCUGACACCAUUUUCUAGCACAACUCAUCGAUCUCUCCUGUUCUUUGUAAUCCGUGACCAUAUUGGUCAUACCCCACUCCAAAAUCUUUCGAAUACACUUAUGCAGGAUCUCAACCGGAUCUGGUCCUCGUUGUCAAAGCCACCAGGUUUGGAAGAUUCGAGAAUCAGUGAUUUUUUCGACUUUGAAUUUGUCGCUUUACCCCACAAGAUCCUUCAACCAGAAAGGUUUGUUGAGGAGACCCAAAAACUACAAAAGCGGUUCCGUGAAGGUAUUUCGCCGGGGGUGGAUGCUACGAGCGGGUCCAAUGGAGUGAGUCAGAGGGGUGGCGGCGGCGGAGUAUUCCUGCCCGUAUACCACAGGCGGAUACCUGCAGAUGGAUUCCCGCAUUAUGCCUCAGGUGUAUGGACGCAGAUCGUCACAAACAAAGAUCUUGAUUUACCUUCCCAACAAGAAUUGUUAGCUCAGUAUCGCUGUGACGAAAUUGCGGCAACUUGCACCGCCGGGUUUAAUCAGAUCAUGUCACCAUUUGAGGAGCAAGCUAAGACCGGUAGGGUGCUGGAGGGGCUCGGAAGUGCUAUGGGGGGGGCCCUUAGCGAAGCAAUGGGGGGAUUUGAGGAAUCCGGAGGGAGAUACCAUAAGGGAGUCUUUGAGCGCAAGAGAGAAGACCUUCGGGAGAACUUGGAGGGAAGAUUGCGAGGUCUUGUCGUUGGCCAAUUUUCUGCUCUCUCAAAGAGAGCUGUACAAGAGUUCACGGAAGAAGUUACAAGUAUCCUGAAAGUGGCAAAUGCUCCAGGGCGGAGCACAUCGUCAAACUAUGAUUUUGCUGUCGUGGUUGGCCAGACAAGGGACAAGGCUGUUGAUCGGUUCACUACAGAGGCCUCUGAGUUGCGCAUCCCCGGAGCAGAAUGGUCCGAUCAUGAAAAUGAACUCACCUCUCUACAAAUUGCACUAGAUGAAAUUGCAGCGAGGUUAAGGGGAGAGGAAAUGAAGCGGCUUGUGGCUCGUCUCGAAAAGGCGAUUCGAAUCAAGCUCGCAGAGCCAGUUGAGUUAGAAUUUAGAAGGAUGGAAGAUGACUCGAAAGAGAAGGGUAACCUCUGGGAUAGGGUUUGGAAAGUAUGGACCGAGACUGUUGGCGAAGGUGUUGAGGGCUUUCUUACACGGGCUGGUAGUCUUAAUGCUACUGAGAAAGAGCGAGAUAUCGGGGCAUGGAAACUGCGGAGGAAAGCUUGGGGAGUGCUUAAGGCCAAGAUUGAGGAGGAAGUUAUGGAGGGUAAUAUACUACUCAAGUUGAGAGAGAGGUAUGUUAAUUUGAUUUUUGUGAGAUUCUUGUACUUUUGCUAACUACCGACUAGCUUUGAGGAUCGUUUCCGCUACGAUGAGCAAGGGGUUCCUCGGGUAUGGAAACCUACAGACCCUAUCGAGCAAACUUACACUACAGCCCGUGAAGCAACACUCAAGUUGAUUCCUCUGAUUUCCCGUAUCCGCCUCUCUUCAGGAGCGGAGCCGCCAUUGGCCGAAUUCCUCGGUGAUCCGCCUAGCGACUUCGAGGAGGAUGUUGAUGAGAUGGGCAUUGCUAAAGACGAGUUUGAGGUAAUUGGUGAAGCUAAACAAGUCGACUUGUCGACCAGGUUCAAAAGAAUGGCAGAUGCAGUUUUCGUUGAAGCUAAGAGGAGCACUGUUAGUUCAGUGGCAGAGAUUCCGAUAUUUUUCUGGGGCCUCCUGCUCGCCUUGGGGUGGAACGAACUCUGGGCUAGUUAGUAUCCGCAAUCCGUGGUUUAUGUGACGUGAGAGGCUAAUAUGAAAAUCAUAGUACUACGGAGUCCUGUCUAUUUCAUCUUCCUGCUCUUGUGCGGCGCUGCGGCAUAUGUGGUCUAUACCUUGAAUCUUUGGGGACCAAUCCUUCGAAUCACCAAUGCUAUGGGUCAGCAGGCUAUAGAUAUUGGAAAGGUAUAUUAUAAUUCAUCGUGUGCACACCCUUCUGCGGCGCAAAAUGCUAAUCCGUGUCUUAGGAACGCCUUCGUGAUAUCGUCGCCGAUCAAAACGUGGCACACCCCGAAGCAGUGGACAGAACUAAAGGCGUUUAUGAUGACAGCGGGAUCAUUAAGCUGCAAACGCUAGAUAGCGAAGGUAGAAGGCGAACUGGAAUCAAGCAGGAAGACGACGACGAGUAGGCCACUAGACAGAUCCUACAGGUGUUUGUGUUGGGGCAUAAUAUUGGGGGGAUGAGAGCUAUGCACGGAGUGGGGGUGUAACUUCCCCUCUUAACCCGCCCUUGUCGUACCUGUCUGGCCUUUUUUUUGCAUUAUUCUGGGGCUUGCCUAUUGUUUUUUUUAUCACCACCACUCUCGGGACUGCUUGCCCGUUGAAGUUGGGUGUAUUGUGUCUUUCUAUCUUUUUUUCCUACAGUGUUGUAUUUUAGCUAUGGAUUGUCACAUUUCUUUUA